CGGCUCAUCAUCCUUUUCGUGUGCUUCACAACUUCAUCUCUCUCGCGUCACCAAUUCAAAACCCUCUACGCAAAGUUUCAGUUUUUAUUUAGUUUUCUUACAUACCCAUCAAACCCAAAUCCUCGAUCGGAUUAUGUUAAUCAAUUGCUAAUACCUUUCUCCGACUUCUUCUUCUUCUUCGCAAUCCGCCAUGGCCGCGGCUUUAAGGUCGAAUACGUCAAGAGAAACCGCUUCUCUCACACUUUCUCAGUUUAGAUACUUCUUCUUCAACCGUAUCCACACCGCUCGAACCGCCACGAGUCCUCAGUGUAAUCACCGUUCUAAAUCCCCCAAUAAAAUUUCCUCGCUUGGGACGAGUUUCUUGGAUAAUCGAGGAGGAGAGAGACGUAAUUCGACCAAGUGUUAUGCUUCACAGAAGCUCAACGGUGUUGGUUCUUCUGUUGUUAUGCUGAGCUCACAAGGAGACCCACCGGAUCUAUGGCAGCCUCCGGGUGAUGGAGUUUCUGUUAGGGUUAAUGGGUCAAGUGUUAAUUUGGGUCGUGGUGGUGGUGGUGGUGGAAGUAGUCCUGGUGGUCCUGGUAACGGAACUGGGUCGAAUUCGAAAGAAGAUUGUUGGGGUGGAUCCAAUCUUGGGUCUGAUUUUCCGACACCGAAGGAGAUUUGUAAAGGUUUGAACAAGUUCGUGAUUGGUCAAGAGAGAGCUAAAAAGGUACUUUCAGUGGCAGUUUACAAUCACUACAAGAGGAUACAUCACGAAUCAUCACAGAAACGGUCUGCGGGAGAAACCGAUAGCACUGCAGUGAAACCAGCAGAUGAUGAUAUGGUAGAACUAGAGAAGAGUAACAUUCUCCUGAUGGGACCAACUGGGUCAGGGAAGACUCUACUUGCGAAAACCUUGGCACGGUUUGUGAAUGUUCCUUUUGUCAUUGCGGAUGCAACCACACUGACUCAGGCUGGUUAUGUGGGAGAGGACGUCGAGUCUAUAUUAUACAAACUUCUCACAGUUGCAGAUUAUAAUGUUGCAGCUGCACAGCAGGGGAUUGUUUACAUUGAUGAAGUCGACAAGAUAACAAAGAAGGCAGAAAGCCUUAACAUCAGCAGAGAUGUAUCAGGAGAAGGUGUUCAACAAGCAUUGCUAAAAAUGCUGGAAGGAACAAUUGUAAAUGUACCUGAAAAGGGCGCUAGGAAACACCCUAGAGGUGACAAUAUCCAGAUAGACACAAAGGACAUACUCUUCAUAUGUGGUGGUGCUUUUGUAGACAUUGAAAAGACUAUCUCAGAGAGGCGCCAUGAUUCUUCAAUAGGGUUUGGUGCUCCUGUACGUGCUAACAUGAGGGCUGGUGGUGUUACAAACGCCGCUGUUGCAUCAAACCUAAUGGAAACUGUGGAAAGCAGUGACCUGAUUGCUUAUGGUUUAAUACCUGAGUUUGUUGGAAGAUUUCCAGUUCUCGUCAGUUUGUCUGCUUUGACUGAGAACCAACUUAUGCAGGUGUUGACAGAACCCAAGAACGCUCUUGGAAAGCAAUACAAAAAGAUGUAUCAGAUGAAUAGUGUAAAGCUGCAUUUCACGGAAAGCGCACUGCGGCUUAUAGCUAGAAAAGCAAUCACGAAAAACACGGGUGCUCGUGGCUUAAGAUCUCUUCUAGAAAGCAUCCUCAUGGACUCUAUGUACGAGAUUCCGGACGAGAGUACAGGCAGCGAUAUGAUAGAGGCGGUUGUGGUGGAUGAAGAAGCAGUUGAAGGAGAAGGGCGUAGAGGCUCUGGAGCUAAGAUUCUCCGUGGUAAAGGAGCAUUGGGUCGGUAUCUCUCUGAAACCAAAUCCAAGGAUUCCCCACAGACGACAAAGGACGGAUCAGAUGGAGAAACGGAGGUGGAGGCGGAGAUUCCAUCUGUUGUAGCAAAUAGUAGUAUCGAUUGCUUGAUCGAUAACGAUGAGAUCCAUCACAACCACCAAUUCUCAUCAACCAAGUCUCACGGCGGAGCCACCGUUGUAAUCUCUCCGGCGACGAGCGUUUACGAGCUCCUUGAAUGCCCAGUCUGCACCAAUUCAAUGUACCCACCAAUUCAUCAGUGUCAUAAUGGACAUACGUUAUGCUCGACCUGUAAAUCAAGAGUGCAUAAUCGGUGUCCGACGUGUAGACAAGAGCUCGGAGAUAUUAGAUGUUUAGCUCUUGAGAAAGUAGCUGAGUCGCUUGAGUUACCUUGCAAGUAUUACAAUCUCGGAUGCUCUGGGAUUUUCCCUUAUUAUAGUAAACUAAAGCAUGAGAGUCUUUGUAAUUUCAGACCUUAUAGUUGUCCAUAUGCUGGCUCGGAGUGUGUUGUUGUAGGUGACAUUACUUUCCUUGUUGCUCAUUUAAGAGAUGAUCAUAAAGUCGAUAUGCAUACUGGAUGUACGUUUAAUCAUCGUUAUGUUAAAUCCAAUCCACGAGAAGUAGAGAACGCUACUUGGAUGCUAACGGUAUUUCAUUGUUUUGGACAAUACUUUUGUCUUCAUUUUGAAGCGUUUCAGCUCGGUAUGGCUCCAGUAUAUAUGGCGUUUCUUAGAUUCAUGGGAGAUGAAGAAGAUGCACGAAAAUACAUUUACAGCUUAGAAGUUGGAGGCAGUGGGAGAAAACUCACAUGGGAAGGAACACCAAGAAGUGUCAGAGAUAGUCACAGGAAUGUCAGAGACAGUCACGACGGUCUUGUAAUCCAAAGAAACAUGGCACUCUUCUUUUCCGGUGGAGAAAGGAAAGAACUGAAACUUAGAGUCACCGGAAGAAUCUGGAAAGAGCAACAGAAUCCAGAUUCUGGUGUUUGCAUACCAAACCUCUGUGUGUAGCUGAAUCAAAACCUGCCAACUCUUCAAACCUAUCUUCAGGUGUUCGAUCUCUUCGAUUCGAUUUAGCUUUGGGUUUGUGAGUCUUUUUUGGUCCAGACAGCUUGUCGUUCAAAAGUGUGUUUAGAGAAGAAAAAAGAGUUGUUCCA